AUUGAUAUACAAAGAAGCAAGCUGAAAUGAUGAAGUAGCUUAGUAGAAGCAACCACCUCAAUUAUCGAUCGAGUGGUGUUGCAAUUAAUAUAUUCAUUCAUAUAUAGAGAUAAGUUUUUGUGAUGACACUAUAUAUAUAUAUAUAAAGAAAUAGGUAGGGUGUAAAUUAGGGUUAAUAAGAAGAAUUGAUUGGCAGCCGCGGCGCAGGCAAUACAUGAUGUCGUCGGCACUAGUCCGUUUAAUUUCUCAUAAAUUCCUCGGACGGUGUAGAAAAUUGUGCAGCGGCGGCGGCAGCAAUGGAGAAUUGGUUGCAUCGCCAUGGAUGAUGCUGCCCCCUUCAUAUAUACCAGGAGGAAGGGACAUGGUGUACAACUUUUACUCUCCAAUCAAGGAUGAAGUAGUGAGUUUGAAUAACAGAGGCGGCAAGGAAGAAACACGAGUCAUACAUAGCCACAACAUGGUGGUGGGAUCUUCGCACGGCUGGCUGUCUGUAAUCAACGGCAGCACCAAGGGUAUGUUCCUCUCGAAUCCCAUCUCCGGCCGCCUCAUAGAGCUCCCGCCCAUAGCCGGGAAGCCAUUCUCGGCGGAGGAUACGGCUUUCUGUCCGUGGAAGGUGAUACUCUCUUGCUCUCCCGAUCAAGAAGACUGUCUCGCCCUCAUGAUCAUCGGCUGCUCCGAAAGAGUGGCUUUCUGCCGCCCCGGCCGCAGUAACAAGUGGACUCCCCUCGGCGACUGGUUUGAAGAAAAGAAAGGUUUCCGUAUCUGCCUUGAUUAUGUGUAUUCCGCCGCACGUAAAAGCUUCAUAGGCUUCGUGCAUUGGCCCGUGGAAUUAAAGGGGUGGGAUGUUAGUGACCCACUUUCUCCAACACCGCUCCCUCUCAACUGGUUGGGUAGGAUCAAAUACAACAACUCAGGAGUGUGCUUCUCCUCUCCAUACCUUGUUGCUCACUCCGAUCAACUGUUUCUGGUGAGACGACAUUACAAGGCACAAGGUCGACAAACAAUUUCUUAUUAUGUUUAUAGAGUUGAUGGUGAUCAUUCUGGAGAAGAACUUGAAUUGUGUUCCUCCUUGGAUGAUCUGGUCAUGUUUGUGGGACUCAACCACUCCUUUGCUGUCAAGGCCUCCCUAUUCCCUAAACUCAAACCCAAUUCCAUUUACUUCAGUGAUGCCAGGUUCACCUCCAACUUCUUCCAAACCCAAAUUAUUGAGGUUUUCGAUUACCAAAACAAGACUUGCUCCCCUCUCUAUUUCCCAUCCCUCCACCUGAAUGAUAUCACUCCCAUGCCUUGGUUCACUCCAGCUUUCGAUUAGACAUCCAUUACUUCAAAUUAUUAAAUCUUUUUGUUUUGCUUUAAUUUAGUAUCCAAGUAUAUGACUACUACAGUUUUAUUUCCAGUUAUGUUUAUAUAAUUUAAUAAUUUCACUUGUUGUCAUAUGCAUGUACAGGAGACUAGAUAAGUCUGUCUAGUUACUCCAUGUUGCUGAUUUUUCCACUUUUCUCUC